AUGGACACCAGGACGCAGCUGCGCCCCACGUCCUGCCCGGCCCCUGCGCCCCGCAAAACACACCGCCCCUCCGCGAUCUGCACGGACUCGUACGACGAGUCCCUGGCCGCCCAUCACCCCUGGCUGGUCCGCAAGGCCGCCCGGCUGGCGUUCCGCGCCCUGCCCCCCCGGGAUGCCUUCCUGGAGACCAUGAACGUGGGGUCCCCCCAGGAGGCCGUGGCCGUGCUGGGCGAGGCGCUGCCCCACAUCGCCCAGGUUUACAGCAUCACCCAGGAGCUCUUCGCGCGGCACCAGCUGCUGGACCUGCCCUGA